AUGGUCGAGCCAAAGAGCUUUCCCGCCGCCACUUCGCCGCAACUGCCGGCGCCAGGCGCUAACGCCAACCAUUCCGGAGUGCGGCGCCUGCCGAGCGAUCAACAGUCCACAAGGCUAGGCCCCUCGCCAGCAGAAGCAGCUUACGUGGACUGGCCGUCAACUGACGUGUCACCGUCGGGAUUCUCACCCGCAGUGGCAGGCCCACCGUCCCUGUCGACAGCAGGAGCGGCUGUAGCGGGGCUGCGGUCACGAAGCCGGCUCGGUCCAGACAACGCCACAGGCAGCCGUCACUACGCCUCACCCCACCAUGCACCUGCCGCUAGUCCCGGGGCCGUUACCGUGUUAGCCCCUAGCGCAAACCGCACGGCACUAAGAGGUCCCGCUGCGAGCACGCAGGAAUGCGAGAAUCCGCCGGAUCCCGCGCGACCGCAGCCCAAGGCCACGUCGGGUAGCCCGCACGACGCGCACAGGCCGGUGUCCCCGAAAAACCAGUCGUUCCGCCGCUUUGCGCUUCCGCCAAAGCUGCUGUGCGGGUCCUUCUCCCCAGCCUCCCCUUCUGCCCGCAAACACUCCGGCGCGUUUCCGCAUUCCGCAUCUGCCCCUUUUUCUUGUCCCCCUUCCGCCUCCCCAGCAUCUCCCGCCUCCCCCACGCCCUCCGCCUCCCCCCCCCCCUCCGCCUCGUGCUUCUCCUCCUCCUCAACCGCAUCGCACUCGCGUUUCGCAUCGCUGUUGCCAGCGUCGCCCCUGGGCGUGCUAAAUUCGCCCACGCCGCAUUCCCCGGCAAGCAGGAGCGCGUCGCCGCAGCCCAAGAGCCCGCUGGGGCGGACGACAGUCGCCGCAAGGACUUACACCAGCCCAUGCGCUGCUAGUGCCGCCGGUGAUAGCGCAAGCUGCAAAGGUGAAGGGACGUUUCGUCAGCAGCAGCAGGCGCAGAGGCGGGGGGCGAUCUCGGGGGCGCAAGGGCGGGCGUUCAGCAUCGCGGACUUGCUGCGCCUCCACUCGCGCUCGCUGUCUUCCCGCGCUGCGCCCGAUGCACCAAUCUCCUCCACUUCACCCGCGCGCGGUGACUCGGACGAGACGGGUUCGUGGAGGCCCGACGCUCACUUGCAAGGUGGUGAGGGGAUGAGCGGGUAG